CAAAAACUGGGUUAACGUGGCCGGCUGAACGCUUCUAAACACGGACGUUGGGUGGGUUAUUCCACGACCACUGAGGUUUUAAACAAAUAAAGAUGUCGAACGAUCUGGCUGCUGUGUGGGAGGUGGCACUGAGUGAUGGAGUCCACAGAAUAGAGUUUGAACAUGGAACAACCACAGGCAAAAGGAUCAUCUACGUUGAUGGAAAGGAGGUGUUGAGACGAGACUGGAUGUUCAAACUUGUGGGGAAGGAGACCUUCAAUGUGGGCCAGUCCGACACCAAAGCGACCAUAAACAUCGAUGCGGUCAGCGGGUUCGCCUACGAGUACACCUUGGAGGUGAACGGGAAGAGCCUAAAGCAGUACAUGGAGAACAGGUCAAAGGUCACCAGCACCUGGCUGAUCAAUCUGGAUGGCACCGACUGCAGAAUUGUCCUGGAGAAAGACACCAUGGACGUUUGGUGUAAUGGAGAGAAGAUUGAGACYGCUGGAGAAUUUGUUGACGAUGGCACGGAGACACAUUUCACGCUGGGAGACCACACCUGCUGCGUGAAAGCCGUGAGCAGCGGGAAGAGACGUGACGGCAUCAUUCACACUCUGCUCGUGGACGGCACAGAGAUCGCCGAGUGCAUGGAGUGACGGUCGGCCGGGUGAGCGCAAACAUCAGAAAAUGUUUCAUUUAAAAGGGCCAGAGUUAGAGAGCAACACAGAAACAUGUUCGCGUGCGUCGACGUCCAAACUGAGCAGGAUAUAUUAGCCAUACGUUCGGUGUUGUACAGAAUAAAGUAACACCGGUAGAUAAAGACCGAACCUGCAGACUGUGCAGUUGUAGAGAAGAUGGUGCAGCUAUAAAUGUUACUUACUGUCUUAAAGGGGCAAUAUCAUGUAAAAUCAACUUUUUUGAGUUUUAUGUCAUGUUAUAAUGUUAUACUCUCAUAAA